AUGAUUAAUGCUUUCCUGGUCUUCAACGGCCUUGGACAGCCUCGGCUGACCAAGUUUUACACGCAGCUUGACACGAGCAUCCAGCAGCGCCUCAUUUCCGAAAUCUUCACCCUCGUGUCGAACCGCCCCGCGAGCUCCUGCAACUUCCUCCCGCUCCCGCCGCUGCUCGCGGCCUCGGGCACGGCGCACGGCUCCUCCGGGGAGCAAAACGACGUGCCGUCGCUCGUCACCUACCGCAAUUACGCGACGCUCUACUUCAUCGUCAUCUCGACCUCGACCGAGUCGCCGCUCGCCCUCAUCGACCUGAUCCAGGUGUACGUCGAGGCGCUCGACAAGCUCUUUGAGAACGUCUGCGAGCUCGACCUCAUCUUCAACUUUGAGACGCUGCACGCCGCCCUCUCCGAGAUGAUCAUCGGCGGCGUCGUCAUCGAGACGAGCCUGGAGCGCAUCGUCGCGGGCGUGCGGGCGCAGGGCACCGUGGCCAAGCGGCCGGUCAACGAGGGACGCAGCACGGGGCUUGGCUCGGGGCUGAGUAUCGGCAUGGGCGGCAACUUUGGCUGGGCUGGGCGAUGA